GCAGUCGUCGCCUCCAAUCAGCAGGGGACCCGGGCUCAUCUCAGCCAAUCAGAAGGAGCCAAGUAACCGGCGGCGCCAGAGGGGGCGUAUGACGCAGGAGGGCCGUCAAAGCAAGGUUACGGAAUGCCGCCGGGGACAAACUGAGUCAGGCGCGGCGUUGUGAAAAGUAAUCUCUUCAGUUGGGAGCCUCUUUAAACAAAGCGGACUUUAGACUGGGAAACCGAGCUUUUGCGCUCCCCGAAUAGAAACUAGACCGAGGGGAGCUGGAGGCAAAGCACUGGGACUCGCCUGGACUCUCAGGACCUCAACCAGAGGUAGCGAAAGUAUAAGAGACACUACACAAAAUGGAAUGAACUCCCCUACGCACCCCCUCCCAAUUCCCAUAUUCCAUUUCUACGAAUCCUAUGUACACAAGCCAUUUCUCCCACAAACGGAGCCAUUUCUAAAGACUGUUCCGGGACCCUCCACUGGGGUUGGGGCAGUCCCUUCUUCAGACCACCCUCUCCUCCCACGGCCGACCUCACUCUUUCGGCGGCUUCCCUGGAUGUUGCAUCACGGAGGGUGAUGAAACCAGCCAUCAGUGGAUUUUACCCAUGGAUGCAACAGGCUGAAGGACCAGCAAGGGUCACCGCCACUGCACUUUCAACUAUGUAUCUACACUUUUCUAGCUAUGGGGAACCAAACUUCAUUUGAAACUGAGCUCACCAUGGGAUUUGGAGAUGAAUGAAUGCUGUUGUGGUUUUUCCUCAAGCAAGAGGAAGUGAGGAAAUCAGAGUGGGAUGAGGAUAUACUAAGAGAAGAAGGAAAUGAAGAGACUAGAAACGAUGUCCCCCAUAUCCAGUGUGGGGAUGGUUGUGAUCCCCAAGGACUGAAGGACAACAGCCAGUUCUGCUUGCAAAGGAUCCGCCAAGGUCUGGUCUUUUAUAAGCAGCUGUUGGACUCAGACAUUUUUACAGGGGAGCCUGCUCUACUCCCUGAUGGCCCCAUGGGCCAGCUUCACACCUCCCUACUGGGCCUCAGCCAACUCCUCCAGCCAGAAGACCACCAGUGGGAGAGCCAACAGAUGCCUAGCCUGAGUCCCAGCCAGCAGUGGCAGCGUCCCCUUCUACGUUCCAAGAUCCUCCGAAGCCUCCAAGCUUUUGUGGCGAUAGCUGCCCGGGUCUUUGCCCAUGGAGCAGCCACCCUGACCGAGCCAUUAAUGCCAACAGCUUAAGUAUGGCACCCAGGUUCCCAUGGCUCAGCAAUGAUAGGAUCAAUCUACCAACCCAGGCAUCUACGAGCCAACAGACUGAUUGGCCCAUUAGUACUUUCUGUUACUUGUUUGUUUUGUUUGAAAGGCAAAGGCAGUUUUAUUAAAGGAAAAAAAGAAGAAGGAAAGAACCCCAGAGCGGGUAGCUCCCUAGAGGAAGGAGAUGGAGAGGAGUAGAGACACGCCCUUUGCCACGCGGCAGGCGGGGUGGGAUGGGAGGAGCGCAUCAGGGAAACAGUGAGAAAGCCCAGGGCUUCAGAAAAACCGGGGCCAGGCUUUAGCCAGUAUCUGCAAGGAAAGGAAGGAAAGGGAAAGUUACAUCUUUCUGAGUAGCUGGGAGAAAUGUGGGCUCCUGGUGCCACAAAUGGAGGCUCUGUAGUCGCCUGCUUAGUCCCUAAGAACCAACAACCAACCAACACGGACCAACGGCGAUGCUUAACCUGUGACAAGCGUGUAUUUAUUCAUCUAAAAGGGGUAUUAUUUAUCCUCGUAACAGCAGUUUAGAGGAUUGUUAUUUAUUAUAUUUAUAAGGAAUUAAUGUAUUUUUCCAAUAAAGACUUAUUUAUGUG